GCGACAACGACAACGAUGGUGACACCACGGCACGGUCACGAAUUACAUAUGAGAAGGUAUAAACAAUACGCGCCGUAUAACAACCCCAUACAACAGUCGCAGACACACGCAGGAAACGCACACAUAGGCAUACGCACAAAUUGCGUGCGUCCUCGUGCAUUGAUCAAUCGGCUAGUGACGCAUGCAGAACGCUCGGAUCAUCGGGUAUAUAAGCAAUCCGCCAAAAAGCAGAGGCAUCAUUCAGUUUCUGUCCAUCAGCAGCUGAUCUUUCAAAAGCAAUCAACCAUGAAGUGCUUGGCUAUCCUUCUUUUGGCUCUCGUUGCCGUCGUCAUGGCGCUCGAGAAGACACCCGAAGUUGAACAGACAAAGGAGGUCACCCCUAGAGACAAGAGAGGUCUUUAUUCUGGCGUUUAUUCACCAUAUUCGUAUGGUUAUGGCGGAUAUGCACCACUGACGUACAACAGCUUGCCGUACACCUACACUUACCCGUACGCUUAUCCGUACGCUUACAACCACUACCGCUAUCCUUACCAUUACCCCUAUUACAACCAUCCCGUUUACUACUAAUUUGAGAAGCGGAAUCCACGAUAAUUUGGGAUUAAGACAGGCUCAGGACGAAAACAUCAUGGAAAUUUAAGAAGAGUUUUACUCUCGAAUUGUCGCAUUCACAAAGUCUAUCCCGAAACUCAUGGCAGUCAAUGUGAACACUUGUGAGCUCUUUGACUGUCGACUUUUUUUCUUAUGCUUAUUUUAAUAAUAAAAUUUAAUAAUAAAGUAUGCUACAUAUAAACAAAA